GUGCGCGCCCCCGCGGUUCAGUGCGCGCUCCCCCAGUAAAAAGUGAGCUAGUGGCAGUGGGGAAAGAAUCGGGACUGGACGACCAUGAAGGGGGGAACCCUGGAUAUCUUAACCCUAACACUUUGUAUCACUUUUUCCAACCGUGGAGGCGAAAUGUUCUUGCUUUAGUGGCUCGUUGGUUUGUGCGGCGGAUGGAAAAGUCAUAAAUCUCCCAACUUGGAGCCCGCAGCCGCACUGAAAAGUUAGCCAAAUUAGCCCGCCUCGGCUAAAUUAGCCCGCCUCGGAAAGCGAGUCGAGGACAAAAACAGGCCCGCCGCGGGGACCGAAAGAGGCGGCGAAGAGUGACGAGGAAUGUCGCCCCUCGGGAUUCAGAAGUUCACCUACGGAUGAGAAGAAGGAGACUCGGGAAGGCGGACGACAACUUGCAAGCCAGACGAUCGCUGCCAUGUUGGGGUGGCUGCCGCUGCGCGGCUGCAGCUGCCCGUCCGACGGUCGGCGAUGGCUGCUCUCGGUGGUGCCGUGGCGGCCGCUGGAGAGCUUCUUCGUCGGGCUGUUGUUGCUGCUGCUGGAUGAGGCCCUCGGCCUCGGCGCUUCAAUUUCGGGGCUCGACCACGACAACAGUGGCAACAACCGCAGUGUCAACAUUUACAUGAGUGUGGACGAGCUCAACAGAUUACUGGGUCUGGAUGCGGAGCUUUAUUACGUCCGUGACGACGUGGUGAAUCACAACGCCAUGUCGUUCACGAUGCCUGUGCCCAGUGAGACCAACAGCCUUCACUUCACCUGGCACUCCAAGUCCAAGGUGGACUACCGGUUAGGUUUCCACGUGGAGAAUCCUGCUGCCAUGAACACCCCACGAAGCAACAUUUCCAGCCAGGGGGAACUUCCCCGCAUUCCCUCCGUUUUUCGAGUGGACCUCUUCUGUUCGGGCUCGGUGGAGGGCGAAGCUGUCGUGACGGUGCAGCUCAACGUCACCCUCCACGGCAACAACUACACAGUGCUUAAUUUCAAGAGGAGGAAAAUGUGCACCAAAAGUGUAGAGUCCGACCCAAAGAUUCCAUUUCCUUUCAACAACCACACGCUUCAGCAGCCCGACUUGGACGGCAUGACUGCACCCACCACCUCCACGCAGGUGUUCUACAUCAGCGUGAGCGUGUGCUGCAUUGUCAUCUUCCUGGUGGCCAUCAUCCUGGCCAUCCUGCACCUGCACAGCAUGAAGCGAGUGGAGAUGGAGGACAGUGUGAGCGACAGUGGAAGCUCACAGGGACUUUCUCAGCCUUCCACGCAGACCACGCAGUACCUGCGGGCCGACACCCCCAACAACGCCGCGCCCGUGUCCAACAACCACCCUGGUUCCGCACCCAUUCUCCAGCUCGCCGCCUCCUCCUUCCAAAACACGGGCGCGCCCCCUCACGAAACCAAAAGCUUCCCAUCUCUCCGCAUCGAGAAAAACGACCUGAGGAGCGUGACCCUCUUGGAGGCCAAGGCGAAAGUCAAAGAUAUCGCCAUCUCGCGGGAGAGGGUCACACUGCGAGAUGUCCUGCACGAAGGCACCUUUGGGCGCAUCUUCCACGGCGUGCUCCUGGAUGAAAAGGACCCCGCCAAGGAAAGGCCAGUCUUUGUGAAGACUGUGAAAGAUCACGCGUCAGAGGUCCAGGUGACCAUGAUGUUGACUGAAAGUUGCAAGCUUCGCGGACUUCAUCACAGAAACCUGCUACCCAUCAGCCACGUGUGCACGGAGGACGGCGAGAAACCGAUGGUGCUGCUGCCCUUCAUGGCCUGGGGCAAUCUAAAGCUGUUCCUGCGCCAGUGCAAGCUCGCCGAAGCUAACAACCCGCAGGCGAUCUCCCAGCAAGACCUGGUCUACAUGGCCAUACAGAUCGCGUGCGGAAUGAGCUACUUAGCCCGCCGCGAGGUCAUCCACAAAGACCUCGCUGCCAGGAACUGCGUCAUCGAUGACAACAUGCAGGUGAAGAUCACCGACAACGCCCUGGCCCGCGAUCUGUUUCCCAUGGACUACCACUGCCUUGGGGACAACGAGAACCGGCCCGUGCGCUGGAUGGCUCUGGAGAGCUUGCUCGACAACGACUUCUCCAGUCCCAGCGACGUGUGGGCUUUUGGCGUGACGCUGUGGGAGCUGAUGACUCUGGGCCAGACGCCGUACGUCGACAUUGACCCCUUUGAGAUGUCGGCCUACCUGAAGGACGGAUACAGGAUAGCGCAGCCAAUCAACUGUCCCGAUGAACUGUUCGCCGUCAUGGCUUGCUGCUGGGCUCUGGACCCCGAGGAAAGACCCAAGUUCCAGCAGCUGGUCCAGUGCCUCACAGAGUUUCACGCCGCUUUGGGUGCUUACGUGUGAAAGCCUUUUGAAUCCUACAUGUGCCUUAUCAAAAGAAAACCAAAUGGAGGCCGGUGACUUUUUUUGCAUUUUUGUACAGGCCCCUUUUUUUUUAUAUAAUAGCUUUUUACGGCAUAGCAAAUAUUUUUCCGUAGGAUGUUUUUCCACACCAGGACUCUCCCAACGGGAAUUUUGUUUUUUUUCCACCAACAUUCACGUGCCGUGUUUUAAAGGCACUUUGGCGGUCACUUGUACAUGUACUGUCGCCCUAUUAAGACGCAACAAGCGCGGUACGACGGCGAGAAACUCGAGCACGCUUUUCUUUGUGUGCCGCUUUACUUACGAUGCCAUCAUUAAGCUUCGGUCGCUUUCACGUGGUCGGGAUUUUUCCAUGCUUUGAGAAUUGGAGACAAAUUCAGCCUGGCAGGCAUCGGACGGAGUCUCAAGAGCCGUAACAGAAUCAGGACGCCAUCUGUGUAGAAGAUCAUUCAAGCCAUUGAGAUGUAAAAGCCGGCGUUUUGGGGGGGUAUUAACCCUUUCAUGCGCCAACAAUGAUAACCUGUAACCUGAUAUCAUGAAGUGUCCACAGUCGUAACCGCUGUCCCAGAAAAGGGUUAAUGAGGGGAACAGACUCACGUGAGUUUGUAAAUUUGCAGAGUACCCGAGCCAUAAUAGAGGCGGGGCAACCAAAAAUUUGCGCAUAUAGUUGACUGCCUUGGGAAGAUUUCUGACUCUUUGACAGCUUUUGUUUCAGGAUGAGUUUUAGAAAGAGGCCAAUGACUGUAAAAGACGGCAGGACGAAGUCGUUUCACGCCUUUGGUGGGUAAUAUCAGAGGCAGGACACUAAUUGUGUUGAAGGGUAUUACGGUGAGGGUAUAUCUGGGAUAAAUUCUUGUUACGGUUCUGAUGCAUUUUUUUCCCCCACCUCAGGGGGUCGCUCUGUGUGAAACAAGGUUUGUAGUCCACAUUCUCUGCCAAAGGUACCAGGGUCUUCACGAUGUUCCAGGUUCAUAAUUUUUUUUUCGCCUGGCAUUUAAUACCACCCAUCACAGGACUCAUCAAUCUUCACAAAUUUGUCGGUAUUUUCAACAUUUUUUUUUUUUUGGGGUGGGUGUUUUUACUGUCGCUGCAUGUGGAAUGAUGGUGCUUGAAUUCAUUCAUUCACUAUUAAAUGUUCUUUCUUUAA